AGGGAUCCAGUGUUCUUGGGUCUCUCAGGGCUUCCUCGACUUCUCUCAGGGUAGAGAAUAUGCCAGUCACUAAGACUUCUGCUUGAUCUCCUGUGUGAUUCCUUGCAAAACGGUAUCCUAAGCGGUAUACUUCAGUGAUCUCGCACCAGCCCCUGCCAUAGUGGGCAGGGAGCUGUCAACAUGGCAGAUACAUUGGAGUUCAAUGAAAUAUACCAAGAGGUGAAGGGAUCUAUGAAUGAUGGCCGUCUGCGGCUAAACCGUCAAGGUAUGAUUUUUAAGAACAGCAAAACUGGGAAAGUUGACAACAUCCAGGCCUCCGAAUUGGCAGAGGGUAUCUGGAGGCGAGUAGCAUUGGGCCACGGCCUCAAACUGCUUACUAAAAGUGGCCAUGUCUACAAGUAUGAUGGGUUCAGAGAAACGGAGUUCGACAAACUUUCAGAUUUCUUCAAAACACAUUUUCAUUUAGAGCUUGCUGAGAAAGAUCUGUGUGUAAAGGGUUGGAACUGGGGGACAGUCAAAUUUGGAGGGCAACUUCUGUCUUUUGAUAUUGGGGAGCAACCGGUUUUUGAAAUCCCGCUCAGUAACGUGUCCCAGUGCACUACUGGCAAGAAUGAGGUGACUCUGGAGUUCCAUCAGAAUGACGAUGCUGAUGUAUCCCUCAUGGAGGUCCGCUUCUAUGUACCACCCACUCAGGAGGAUGGAGUGGAUCCUGUGGAGGCAUUUGCCCAGAAUGUGUUAUCAAAGGCCGAUGUCAUCCAGGCUACUGGAGAUGCUAUCUGCAUCUUCCGAGAACUGCAGUGCUUGACUCCUCGUGGACGCUAUGAUAUCCGUAUCUAUCCUACCUUCCUGCAUCUCCAUGGCAAGACGUUCGAUUACAAAAUCCCAUAUACUACUGUUCUGCGACUUUUCUUGCUUCCCCAUAAAGAUCAGCGCCAGAUGUUCUUUGUGAUCAGCUUAGACCCUCCUAUAAAGCAAGGCCAAACUCGCUAUCACUUCCUUAUUCUAUUGUUCUCAAAGGAUGAGGAUAUCUCCUUGACUCUCAACAUGAAUGAGGAUGAAGUUGAGAAACGCUUUGAAGGACGGCUCACCAAAAACAUGUCUAGCUCUCUGUAUGAGAUGGUCAGUCGCGUCAUGAAAGCCCUUGUGAACCGCAAGAUAACUGUACCCGGCAACUUUAAGGGACAUUCCGGAACCGAGUGCAUCACGUGUUCUUACAAGGCUACUUCAGGACUCUUGUACCCUUUGGAACGUGGCUUCAUCUAUGUGCACAAGCCACCUGUUCACGUCCGCUUUGAUGAGAUUGCUUUCGUCAAUUUUGCUCGUGGGACCACAACAACACGUUCCUUUGACUUUGAGAUAGAAACGAAGCAGGGGACACAGUAUACUUUCAGCAGCAUAGAGAGAGAAGAAUAUGGCAAACUCUUUGACUUUGUGAAUGCCAAGAAGUUGAACAUCAAGAACCGGGGACUUAAGGAGGGCAUCAAGAAUGUGACCUACGAUGAAUACGACGGUUCUGACGAAGACUCCCAUGAUGCCUACUUGGAGCGGAUGAAAGAGGAGGGCAAGAUUCGUGAGGAACAUGCAAAUGACAGCAGUGAGGACUCCGGAGAGGAGACAGAUGAGUCAUUCAAUCCUGUAGAGGAGGAGGAAGAUGUGGCAGAAGAGUUUGAUAGCAAUGCCUCUGCUAGUUCUUCUAGUAAUGAAGGGGAUAGUGAUGAGAAGAAGAAACCUGUCAAAAAAGCCAAAAUUGUUAAAGAACGGAAGCCCCGCAAGAAACAGUCUGAGGGUAAAAAACUGAAAGACCCCAAUGCCCCAAAGAGGCCUUUAUCGGCGUAUAUGCUCUGGCUCAAUGCUAAUCGUGACAAGAUCAGAUCAGACUGCCCUGGCAUGAGUGUCACUGACGUGUCUAAGAAAGCUGGGGAACUGUGGAAAGGAAUGUCGAAAGAGAAGAAAGAGGAGUGGGAGCGCAAAGCGGAAGAGGCCAAGAGGGAUUAUGAGAAGGCCAUGAAGGACUACAGCGAAGGGGGCAAAGUGGACAGUUCUAAGAGAGAAAAAGCCAAAAAGAAAAAGCCAGAUAAACCAGUAAAAGGCAGAACAGAGAAGAAAGUAGCGACACCUGUAAAAUCUGCUAGCAAGACUCCUCUUAAACAGUUAGGCGAGAGCUUCAAGAGCAAGGAGUUUGUGUCCAGCGAUGAAAGUUCCUCAGGUGAAGAUAAGAAAGAGGACUCUGAUGAGGAGGCGAUAGCCAGCACACCACCUAGUUCAGCAGAGUCUGCCUCUGGCUCUGAUUAGCCAGGAAUACUCAAGCCAUCACACUGGUUCCCCCCUAGCCCUCCUGCAGAUGGUAUGGUAGCUAUACUGCCGAGGGGAGACUGACUGGACACUUUCAUCCAGGCCAAUAGGCUGAAGACCUGGCAAGGCAUAGGAAUACCUUUCUUGUUUCACUGGCCUCCUCAGCUUGUUCCCCUUCCAAUGCCACAGUAAUUAGUCACAGCCAAUUACUGCCUUUGGGGAGAAAGGAGGCCGCCUAAAGAGAACUGAGAAAGCCAGCAAUCCCUUGUUUUCUGCCUCCCAUGUUGUUGUAGGCGUACUGUAUCCUUUCAGAUGGCAAGCUGAACAGCAUACAGGGACACUAUACGGUCUCCAGAGUCAAGUUCAGUUGGUAUUUUAUCUUUCCCUUUCUGUUUUUUAAACUUUAAACGUUCUCUGCAUUUCUGUUUUAUCAUGGCUAACUGAACUAAUAAAAAU